AUGGAACCGCCACACGGUGACGUUUUGGGACACAUGACCUCGCACGUGUUUGCAUUGAGGGUAAGAGCGGAAGUGCUGUUUUUUUUUUUUUUGUAUUUGAGAGCCGCAUAUAAUUUAUUGCUGUUUACUAUAGGGGGAAUCUUCGAAGAAAAGUAUUUUUUAUUUUAUUUUUUAUUUUGCGCCUCUUUAAAAUUUCUAUCUUUUCUUUUUCUCUCUCUCUCUGUCUUUCUCUCGCUGCGUGUGUGUGUGUGUGUGUUUCUGUUAGUUCUUGGAGGUAAGAGGUCUGCGUUCAUAGCAGAGUUUCAGGCCAAUAUUACUAAUUUCAUAAAAGGCACAAUUCAAAGGACAGACAUAAUGUCAGAGGCACGGUUACCAAAGUACGCGUGGGAGGAAAUCCGAAAACACAACACUGACAAGGAUUGUUGGGUGGUGCUGUACGGCCGUGUGUUGGAUGUCACGAAGUUUUUGUCUCAGCAUCCUGGUGGAAUUGACCCUAUCAAUGAUCUUGGGGGGUACGACAUCACCAACUCCUUUGAAAGCAUCGGGCAUUCCUCAAGGGCACUAGUCUUGUCAAAGGAGUUUAUUGUUGGCGACUUGGAUAAGGAUUCCAAGCCACCCGUUGUAGAACCGAAGGCGUCACGAGAGGAUGUGCCUCUGACGGCUUAUAAAGCAGGGGGUGAAAUGAUUCCGCUGAGUUACAUUUUGGCUUCUGUUUUUGCACUGAUGCUUCUUUUUUAUUAUUAUUUGAUGGCAUAG